AUGGUGCUAUUACCGCCUUGUGUGCCCGAAACAUGCGGCAAGGAAUUUCGUCAAUCAUUGAAGAAGCCAAGUCCAAAUUAUCCAUAUGGAUACAAGAAGAGAAAACCGCGUAUCGUGCCCGCGUUUACGAUACAAGCAAUGCAGAGGAAUACAAAGGUGUUGCCGCCUCCUAAAUGUGGCGUUUGCGACCCUUUGCCGCCAAAGCCGACGAUGUUCAGAAAAUGCUAUCAAAGAGGCGAAUUUCCCGUCUCUAUUGAGUUCACUACGAGCGGAAAAAAGCUAUCUUGGAAGGUACCAAUAGAAAAAUUGGAUUUUCAUCACUAUCUCCCCAUAUUCUUCGAUGGACUUUCGGAAGGUACAUAUCCCUUCAAUUUCAUCGUGGAACAAGGAAUCCACGACUUGGUUACCAAAGGUUCAUAUAAAGUGUUACCAGUGGUGCCUCAGCUAAUUAUUCCGAUCAAAAAAAAAUGUCAAAACACGUGUAAAAAAUUUCGCGAAAGCGCUCAGCAUUUCCACUCUCUAAAAGCAAUUCGCUCUAUUUGUACAGAUGCACUCGCGACAAAGCGCCCGACUGUCCUAUGCCACGCUCUCAAAUGCAUCCAGAUGCUCGUGACCGGCUGCGACCGAGUCGGCGAGGCUCUCGUGCCGUAUUACAGGCAGAUUUUACCUACGCUCAAUUUGUUCAAGGACAGGAAUCGUAACAUCGGUGCUGGAAUAGAUCACACCACUACACGCGGAGAAAAUGUGGCUGACCUAAUCGAAGAUACUUUACAGAUACUAGAACGUUACGGUGGUCCGGAUGCGUUUAUUAAUAUUAAAUAUAUGAUACCAACAUACGAAUCUUGCGUGCUCAAUUAA